AUGCAAAGCACCACAUCCAGCACUUUCCAGAAUCCUGUUUCUAUCUGGAACUCGUAUCGUAGAGCUGUCACAAGGACUGAAUCGAACAAAAACAGCGCUUCAUUAAACCGUUACCGCAUCCCUAAUUCAUCAGCCCCACCAACUAUUCAAGUAGGGGAUGUAUCCGCUAGCAUUGCCAAUGACAAACAAACUAACAGUAUGACAGAAAACGAGCUGGCUAUGGAAAGGCUGAAAGCAGAAGUUAGGAAGCUAAGACGUCUUGUCAAGAAAAAAGACCUUGUGAUCGAUAUGCUGUUGGAAAGAAUAGUUAAGCUUAGAAGGCUUCAGCGAAUUUCUGAAGACAGUCUCACUUCUGGAGAAGAUAAUAAUUCGACGCUAAAUGCUACCACUGCGGCUGUUGAUCCCGCUCUUUCAUUUGAAACUAGUUCUGUUUCAUCGUUGUCUUCUACUUCUGCUGUGACCUGUCCAAUUUAUCCCCAUUCCUCUGAUGGACGUGCUCUGAGUUUCACAGCAGUCUUACCAUCACAGGCAGAUAUGAUGUCUCAUACAUUUGUUCUUCGCAAAGAAGCCAAACGCCGAAAUCGUUGGUUAAACAAACGCGGCUUAACAACAGGAACUAGCAGAGUAGCUCUUCUUGACGCAAACUGCAAGUCAUUUGAAGCGUUAAGUGAGACUUUCGUUGUUCCUGUGUCAAACCAGCAACAAAACAAUGACACUGAACAAGAGACAGAAGUUCGCCACGUAGUUAUUGCGACAUCUUUGAACGAUAAGAGAACGAUUGCUCGUCGUGUUAGUGAAGUACCUCAUACCUUUGCAUCCAAUGGUGAAUUGUCUGUCAUCGAAAGCUUCUCAUCGAAGUCAGAGGAAAAUGAUCCUAAAUGGAAGCCACCACUGCCUCCGUCUUUAUGUCUACGAGUGAAUCGUCCUGAAGUAAUCCGUAGAAUUGAAAGUCGACAGGCUGCAAUAACAGCUGCAUCUGCUCUUAGACAUCUUGUUGCUGAGGAAAAAAUGGCAGCUGCCCGUGCAGUCAUCCAAGGAAAAUGCUCAUAUGAGCGCGCUAGUAAUAGCCUGUCUAUUGAUCCGACCUUAAUCAGGGCUUUCCCGAACGCAGACAUAGCCAAUUUGACUAAGAGAAGGUUGCAAACAACGAACACGUACAAAGCAGAAGUUUCUGAAGAGAGAAAUAGGGUGGACAUUGCUGCGUCGAAAGUUAUUGCUCAUUCCUUCAGUGAGUCUACCAGACUAGCAGUUCUGGAAGGUCGUGCGUCUCUUAGGCGCUAA